GCUUCCCUUUGAUCUGCGGCUCCGAAGCGGCUCCUUCAUUCACCUGGCAGCGCGCGGCGUGCGGAGAGGAUCUCCAAUUUGGAAAAUCACUUAACUUUUUUUAGACAAAACUGGAAGGAUUUCUGGGAUUCCAAACAAAAUAUAUAUAAAUGAAAAAUAAACAGAGCAAAAAGCAGCAAAUAAAGGAAGAAAGUGAAGAGAAAGGCGGAUGUUUGACUGUGGAAUGAGGGAAGUUUGAUGCUGGAGCAGUGUCUGAACACCAGGAGGAACCUCUGUGGAUUUUCUGAUUCCGUUUUACGCACCAGGAGCGCAGCAAGCGGACAGCCUGGACUGCUGACAUCUCCCUGCCCUCCGCAGCCCUCACAGCCCCGCACCUGUUCUGCUGCAUUUCCAGAGUCCAGGGCGUUUUGUGGACUUACCGCAGGACUUCCUGUGCUGGAUUUGGUGAAAGCAUCGCCCGCUGCCAUGCUCCGGACGGACUGCUGACCAACUCAAGGUUCUUGUUAACCUCAGGGUUGGCGAGGGCAGCCAUGGGCCUAUCACUGGAUCUUUGAGAAGAGCCGGAUUUCCUCUCUCUCAUCUCUUCCCACCCCGUUUUUGCUGUAAUUUACCAGUAAACCUGGAGGACUGAUCCAGAUCCAGAACCUGCCGUGACUCUGCCUUGUUUCACUCAUCUUUAGAUCAUGGAAACCGUUUUUCUCAUUCCUGGCCAUUCAGAACGGCCUCUUCCUGCGCUGCUGCUGUUAUUUGCCUCUUUUUUACUGAUGAGGGGGUGCUGUCAUGCAGCCCCCUCCGGCCCUGAGUCGGAUUCCUGCUCCACCUUAGUGCAAAACCGUUUCUUUGGAUUCUUUUUAUCAUCAUCAGCAUUCCCCUCUGUGCCUUGUUCCUGGACCCUGCAAAACCCAGAUCCACGAAGGUACACUAUUUUCAUCAAGGUGACCAAACCCACAAGAGGCUGCAAGUCGUUCCAGCUUCGCACCUUCCAGUACGACUCCUUCUUGGAGACCACACGCACUUACCUGGGCAUGGAGAGCUUCGACGAGAUUGUGAGACUGUGUGACACCUCUGUCCCGGUGGCCUUCCUGGAAGCUGGGAAGCAGUUCCUACAGAUGAGGAAGGGACCUCCUCAGGCAGGCGCGGUGAUCCAGAAGGUCAACGAGGAGUUUAAAACCGAGUACCUGGUUGUAGGGAAGCGCAAUCCAAGCAUGGCAGCCUGUCAGAUGCUGUGCCAGUGGCUGGAAGACUGCUUGUCCUCAAGCACGUCCAACAGACCCUGUGGCAUAAUGCAAACACCCUGCGUGUGUUGGGACAAGCCUCCUCUGCUCAGUGUGGGAGAUAGCUGCUAUCACAAUGGAGUUUACUUGGAAAACUGUUUACCCAGCGGGAAAGAGAGCAGAAAAAAUGGCGAAAUAAAUGGUGGAUGGAGUGGUUGGGGCCACUGGGGGCAGUGCAGCAGUGAGUGUGGGGGAGGAAUCCAAUCCCGGGCUCGGAGCUGUCGCUCUCCUCCAGAAGAGUCUUUCCUGUGUGAGGGUGUAGUGGAGGAAGGUCGGCCCUGCAACUCCCAGUCCUGCCUGGGCAAAGGUCGCCAUCUCUCCCGCAGCCAGUCUCUCCGCUCGGUGGACGGCCGCAAGCGUGAUGACGCAGAGAAGGCGCGCGGCGGACAGCAGAGCCCUCAGACAGUAGACUCCACCUCAGGGGAGGAGUGGUCAGCGUGGAGUGUGUGUUCUGCCACCUGUGGGGAGGGCUGGCAGAGUCGCACUCGUUUCUGUGUGUCCUCCUCCUACAGCACCCAAUGUAGUGGGCCGCUGCGAGAGCAGAGACCUUGCAACAACUCAGCCAUUUGUCCAGUUCACGGCGCAUGGGACGAGUGGUCACCGUGGAGUUUGUGUUCCUCCACCUGUGGCCGAGGUUACAGGUCCCGAACACGGACUUGCACUCCCCCCCAGUUUGGGGGAGAUCCCUGCGACGGCCCGGAGAAACAGACCAAGUUCUGCAACAUAGCCGUCUGCCCAGUGGACGGAGUCUGGAACGAGUGGUCCAGCUGGAGCUCCUGCUCUGCUACAUGCUCCAACGGGACCAUGCAGAGAACGAGGGAGUGCAACGGCCCCUCGUAUGGCGGCUCGGAGUGCAGGGGAGAGUGGCUGGAGACCUUUGACUGCUUCCUGGGGGAUUGUCCAGUGGAUGGGAAGUGGCAGCCUUGGUCCUUGUGGUCCGGCUGCUCCAAAACGUGUGGAGGGGGGAGUCAGCAGAGAACCAGGAUUUGCUAUGGGCCCUUCUUUGGAGGACAGCCAUGUCCUGGAGAGCGAGAAGAGAUCCGUCACUGCAAUGAGAAGAAAUGCCCAGAACCUCAUGAAAUAUGUGGCGAGGACAAUUUCUCCAACGUUGUAUGGAAGAUGACUCCUGCUGGAGAUACGGCUGCUGUUCGCUGUCCUCCCAAUGCCAUGGGGCUCAUCCUGCGCCGCUGCUCCUUGGAUGAGGAGGGCAUCGCCUACUGGGAAACACCCACCUAUAUGAAAUGCAUUUCCAAUGACUAUCGCAGUAUUCAAACCUUAACUCGUGAGCAUCUGUCCAAGGCGCAGCGAGGCCUUGUGGGAGAUGGAGUCUCAGACGUGUUGACCAAGCUGAGGGUCACAUCCAGCGAUGGAACGAGCUACAGCGGCGACCUGCUGGCCAUCUUGGAUGUCCUGAAGAACAUGACAGAGAUCUUCAGGAGGGAUUACUACAGACCCACCAGCGCAGAUAUGAGGAACUUUGUGCAGUCGGUGAGCAAUCUGCUGAUGGAGGAGAACCAGGACAGAUGGGAGGAAGCUCAGCUGCUGGGGCCGAACAUCAAAGAGCUCUUCCGUCUCAUGGAGGACUUUGUGGACGUCAUUGGCUUAAGGAUGAAAGACUUCCACGACAUGUAUGAAGUCACCGAUAACCUAGUUCUGAGCAUCCAUAAGCGUCCCGUUCUGGAUCACACCGACUUCAACUUCCCCAUGAAGGGCUGGAGGGGAAUGGUGGACUGGGCCCGCAACUCUGAGGACCGAGUCAGCAUCCCUAAGAACAUCCUGUCCACAGGAACGGCAGAUACUGAUGACUCAUCCACCUUUGUGACCGGUGUGGUUCUCUACAGAAACCUGGGCAGUAUUUUGUCUCUGCAGAGAAACAACACGGUCCUGAACUCCAAGGUAUUAUCGGUGAGCAUCAAGCCCACCCCCGCCUCCCUCUCUGCGCCCGUCGUGGUCGAGUUCUCCCACCUUUACAACGGCACCACCAACCACACCUGUAUAUCCUGGGACGAGAGUGACAGCUCCUCUCUGCUGGGGUCCUGGUCUGCCAGGGGCUGCAGAGCUGUGCUCGUCGACUCCUUCAGAACCAAAUGCGUGUGUGACAGACUGUCCACCUUCGCCAUCUUAGCCCGGAUCAACCCCGACAUGAGCAUGGACAAGCUGCAGCUGCCGUCCGUGACCCUGAUCGUGGGCUGCGGUGUGUCUUCGCUCACGCUGCUGCUGCUCAUCAUCAUCUACGUCUCCGUGUGGAACUGCAAUGUUACACAUGAGAAAGUUUAUGUUUACGGCUUAAUUAACCUUUUCUCUUCCUUUGUUUUAUCCAUAUUUCAUGUUCCUCCCUCUUAUUUGCCAACACUUCUCUCAUUCCUUCCUAUUGCACCCCUCUCUGUUUCUGCCCCUUUCUCACCAACCCAAACAUCCAACCAUCUGGCUCCACUUUUCUUUCUCCUGCUGCCCUUUGGAAGCUGCUGGCUGUCCUUGGAAGGAGGGCUUCUCUAUGCGUUUGUUGGACCUGCUGCAGCUGUAGUCUUGGUUAACAUGGUUAUUGGGAUUCUCGUUUUUAACAAACUGGUCUCCAAAGACGGCAUUACUGAUAUGAAACUAAAGGAGAGGGCGGGUCAGAUGACAGUGCCACUGUACAAUAUGACGCUCAAAUGUGCCAAGUGUGGAGUUAUCUCUUCGGCUGACGUUUCCACCACAGCUACCAGUAACGCCAUGGCGUCACUGUGGAGCUCCUGUGUGGUUUUGCCUCUCUUGGCCCUCACAUGGAUGUCUGCUGUCCUGGCCAUCACUGACCGGCGUUCUGCCCUCUUCCAGAUUCUCUUUGCAGUGUUUGAUUCACUGGAAGGUUUUGUAAUCGUAAUGGUUCACUGCAUUCUGCGCAGAGAGGUUCAGGAAGCUGUGAAAUGCCGUGUGGUGGAUCGGCAGGAAGACGCUAACGGAGAUUCAGGAGGAUCUUUCCAAAAUGGCCACGCUCAGCUCAUGACUGAUUUUGAAAAAGACGUGGAUAUGGCCUGCAGAUCAGGCACAGGGAAGCGCUCAUCCCUCCAGGGGGAGGAGAAGGCCUCCUCUGGGACCCUCACCCUGCAGAAAGGAUCCAACUUCAACACCAUGCCAGCCAGCAUGGCCAAGGUUCACCUCCAGAAUGUGGCCGACUACUCCAGCCACACGCUGACGCUGCGCAGGGAGAAAGGCGCCACCAAGGGAAUCAGCACCGAGCUCCCAGGAGCUAAAUCCAUCUACAUCUGCGACGGUGAGCUCUUCAAGCAGCUGGACGGAGAUCUGCCUCGAGGGAACGGAGAGGGCAGCAGCUCCGACGGCGCUGGCAAAGGUCCGGGUUACAUCAUUCUACCCACCAACAACACUGGGACCCUGAAAGCUGCCAAGGCUAAAGACGAGCAGAGCGCCAAGUAUAACACCACCAUGGAGCAGCUCCCUCAGAGCAGGCUCAUCCAUCUGGCCAACCCACCCAGCGGAGAACCUGUCCCCGGCUUCGGGCUCAAGAGCCUUCCCACCGAGCAGGUCAGCGUGUCGUGCUCCGACAGAGACUCGCCGGCUCAUAACCUGCAGGGCGGAGCCAGAGACUCACACACAGCGAGAAGCUUGGCAGAUGCAGGCGAGUCUGGCAACUCUGGCGUGAUGUCCAAGAGUGAAACUGUGUCCACGCUGUCCAUGAGCUCGCUGGAGAGACGAAAAUCACGCUAUGCAGAGCUUGACUUUGAGAAAAUAAUGCACACCCGGAAACGGCACCAGGACAUGUUUCAGGACCUCAGCAGGAAGAUUCAGAGUGCAGACAAGGAUAGAGAGUCUCCACCUGUUGACGCCAAAGCUGCCAAAAGAUGGAGCGUGUCCUCUACCGGCAGCGACAAGACCAACAUGAGUGACAAGCAGCAGACCCCCAGUAAGAGGGCAUGGGAGGGCAUCCGCAAACCCCACUCGCCCCCAUCCUGGGUGAGGAAGGAGCUGGAAACUGUAGCCGCCUCUCCUCUGGAGCUGCAGACAGUGGAGUGGGAGAAGACCAGUGCCACUAUUCCCCUGGUGGGCCAGGAGAUCAUGGACCUGCAGACCGAGGUCUGACUCUCAAUGGGACCUCACACCCUGCUGCUCCCCACCACACACACACACACACACACACACACACACACACACACACACACACACACACACACACAGGGAGGUGAAGGAGAAGGGCUGAGGACGAGAACAUGGAAAACCACAUUCGGAGCAAAGAGGAACACGAUGUCGCUUUUUGUGUUGCUUCCUUUGAUGUUUUGGUGUCAGCUAAAUAACUGAAGAUCAUUGAAAUGACUGGCUGGCAAAUCACUUCUACCUGUGAUAAACAGCAUACCAUGUUUCCCACUGUAUUCAAUGGUUACGACGUUCUAAUCCCGUUUUUCCCACUAUUGAGACUGUUGCUACAUUACCGUUCCGCUGUGUCCGGAUGUUUUCUCAUGGACGCUGGCGUUACGCUCCACUCUAAUGCCUCUCACAUCAAACUGACCUGGGCUUGAAGGAGACGACUACCCAGGCUAGACCUGCCGCUCAGCUGCAAUGGCGCCACAAUGAUUGGAGCAAACCGGGGUCAACGCCACGGAGACCAGCAGGGUCAGAAGACAAGAAAAACACUAUAUGGUGGUAAUAUUCAGAGAGGCAGGUGUUCAGCUGGGCUUCAUUCUCUAAUUAAAGGACCGUCAUGGCGGUGCGUCCAGCGGGGGCUCCGGUUCAGCAAAUACCUGCUGCUUCAUGUUGCUAAUAUAAGGGACCCCUUGGUUUGAGAAAAGCUCCAAUCAUAUCAGUCCAGAGAUUCAGACUAACAGGGUCCGGUUUCUGUCGGCGUACCCCGAGAAUCUGCACGUACAGGUAUGUGGUCCCUGGGUCAGACAUGAUGGCAGUGUGGGGCGGUCUGUGAGGGUGGGGGGUGCACAGAUGGAAAGCACAAGGCUCCCUUUGGAGUCCUGAUGUAUAGCAUUGUAAUUAAUUCAGAGUUCUACAGAAUGGAUUUUAGCCUAUAAAUAUCUUUCUUACCGUGCUUGAGGAUAGUUGUUCUCAUUAUUAUGAAUAUAAACAUGAUUAUUCUGAUACCGACCCCCCCCCCCCAUCGGGUACUGGACUGCCAGUGUUCUGUAUCGCAAAGUAACUGUGUGUGUUUUGAUAUCACCACUAAGUCCCUCCCACAGAUCUGUGUCUGUCUAAGCCCCGCUGUCCCCCCCCCGCCCCCGUAUGUA